AUGGUGAAGGCCAGCGACGGCAGCGCUGCGGACGUGGAGCGCGUGAAUCAGCAGCUAGAAGAUCGUCACUACGAGUUUCGAUCCAAUUGUAACGAAGGCGAAGGCGACGCGAGUGCGUGUCACAGUUGGGGCGAGUGGCUGGCGGUCGUGGACAAGAACUAUACGGACGCCGCCAAGAUGUAUGAGCUCAACUGUUCCAAGAAUGGGUUCCCGGCUUCGUGCUUUAAUCUCGGGAGACUCAAGCUGUCCGGUAAAGGGACAGCGCAGAACGAUGUCGAAGCAUUCAAGCUCUUUGAGAAAUCAUGUGCCAAAAGCCACGCUGCUGGUUGUCAUCAUGUGGGCUUUAUGCGUACGCAAGGAGUUGGCUGUGAAAAGGAUUUCGUCAAGGGUCUAGCCGCGUUCAAAAAAGCGUGCGAACGCGACGAUGCCAAUAGCUGCAACCGCGUGGCAAGCAUGUACUUGUCCCCGGGAGUAGACAGUCCGAUUCAGCGCAAUGUUCAGCAGGCCAAGAGCUAUCUUGAAAAAGCUUGUGACGCCAACUUUGCCCCCGCAUGCCACAACUUGGCCGUGAUGUACAAGAAGGGUGAUAACGGUAUCCCGAAGGACGAGGCUAAGUACGAAGAGUAUUGUGCCAAGACGAAGAAACUUGUCGAGCAGGCGGGUGGCAUGUCUUCGAUCAAGUCGACGUAG